AUGCGUCUGUCCGUCUCCGCCAUCCUCGCGCUCCCGCUCUUUGCGGCUGCCGCUGAGAACCAGUUUGAGGAAUACAAGGCCCAGUUCCAGACCUACCUCGACCAGUUUUCCUCCUACAUCCCCAACCCCAACAGAUACGAUGCCGCCGACGCCCACGAGGCCAAGACGGGCGCGAAGAAGCUGUCCAUCCUGACCCUCGACAACUGGGAGGAGACGCUCUACUCCACCGUCCAGCCCUCCCAGACCACCCCCGAGGAGUGGUGGCUGCUGAUCACGGGCCGCAACAAGACGUGCUACAACCAGUGCGGACCCGCCGAGGUGGCCUUCAACGCGACCGCCGAGAAGUUCGCCCUCGACCCCAAGGCCCCCCACAUGGCCCUCCUCAACUGCGACGACCAGCCCGUCCUCUGCACCAUCUUCUCCUGCAACGCCAACAGCCUCUGGGCCAUCGACCUCCUGCCGCCCGGCAACAAGGUCGACAUCUGGGCCCGCCGCAUCAACGGCACUACCGUCACCUCCCAGACCCUCGUCGACCUGCACGCCGCCCACGACCGCGCCGACUGGCACCUGCUCAACCACGCCUUCCACCCCUUCAACAGCUGGAUCGCCGAGCACGGCCUCUCCGUCCCCGUCGGCUACUUCAUCUGGUUCUUCGCCACCGUUCCCAACUGGGCCGUCAUGCUGCUCGUCUCCUUUGCCAGCCGCAGGAUGAUGAACCGCCGCAUGGCCGCCGGCCCCAACCCGCCCCGCGCCUGA